UUUCGGUACCAUCUUUAUCAGUCACCAUGUCGACCAAGACCCGAUUCUCCGACAAAACCAGGAGUGGCUGAGGAAGACAGGCAGUGGCUAGGGGAUCGCUCAACUCUCAUAUGAAUACCGAUGGUUGCCUCUUCAACGGUGUAUCUUUUCUCUAUUCUCUUUAGGGAACGAACACAACCAGUCAACCAUGAAGAUUAUCUGUCAGAAAACGUUAAACCAUCUCAGCAAAACACCCCAACCAAUGUCACUAUCAUCACAUAUCAAUUCACUUUGCGACUUGGGAAGAUUACAAGACGCUCUAACGCUUGUCUUUUCCAACCCAACUCAAAUGGAUUAUUCUCUAUAUUCAAGAAUUUUGCAACUCUGCAUUCUAAGAAAAGCCGGAAAAGAAGGGCAUUUGAUCCAUAGCCGUGUUUUAACAAAUGGGUUGCAUUCAAAUCCUUUUAUGAACACAAAACUAAUCAUAUUCUAUUCGAAAAUGGGUGACAUGGUCACCUCCCGUACACUGUUCGAUAAAAUGCCUGAGAGGACUGUGGUCACUUGGACUGCGUUGCUAUCAGGAUAUACUCAAAACGGGUGUUCAAAGGAAGCUCUACUAGUUUUUUCGGCUAUGCGUUGCAAAGGUGUUAGGCCGAAUCAGUUUACUUUUGCGAGUGCUUUGAGGGCCUGUACGAGUUUGAUGUGUUUGGGUAGAGGGGAGCAAAUUCAAGGGUGUAUUCAGAAGAGUAGGCUUGCUAAGGACUUGUUUGUGCAGAGUGCGUUGGUUGAUCUGUAUUCCAAGUGUGGAAAGAUGGAGGAUGCGUGUUACUUUUUUGAGUCGAUGGCGGAAAGGGAUGUGGUUUCUUGGAAUGUGAUGAUAGGUGGGUAUGCCAAUCAGGGUUUCGCGGAUGAUGCCUUUCAGUUAUUUCGUUCAAUGCUUAGAGGAGGUGUGAUCCCUGAUCGCUUUACGCUGGGUAAUGUUAUGAAAGCCUUUCUCAGAGGAAGUGCUAUGAUGAAGGUCAUCCAAGUACAUGGAUUCAUUAUUCAACUAGGUUUUGAAACACAUAAUGAUUUGACUGGAUCACUGAUUGAUGCUUAUGCAAAAUGUGGGAGUAUUAGAAUUGCAUAUCAUAUUUACAAGAGUAUGCCUAAAAAAGACGCAAUAUCUUGCACCGCGUUGAUCACUGGAUAUGCACGCCAAGGUGUCUAUUCUAGAGAUUCCUUUGAUCUCUUCAAUGAAAUACAUCAGAUGCACUUGGGACUUGAUGGUGUGAUACUAUGCUCGAUGCUGAAUCUAUGUGCCAAUACAAUGUCACUAGACUUGGGAAGACAAAUUCAUGCUUUGGCUUUUAAAUGUCAACCAUAUAAAGAUGUGGCCAUGGGCAAUGCUCUCGUUGAUAUGUACUCAAAAUCUGGCGAAAUUGAAGGUGCUAACUCUGUUUUUAAUGAGAUGAAGCAAAAAAAUGUUAUUUCUUGGACAUCAUUAAUUGCUGGCUAUGGGAAGCAUGGCUAUGGGCACAAGGCAAUUGCCCUGUACAAUCAGAUGGAAUAUGAAGGUUUGAAGCCAAAUGAUGUUACUUUUCUGACUCUUCUUUUUGCAUGUAGCCAUGCUGGUUUGACAAAUGAAGGAUGGGAAUGCUUCAAUAGCAUGGUUCACAAAUACGAAAUCUCUCCAAGAGCUGAGCACUAUUCUUGUAUGGUGGAUCUUUUUGCACGUGGAGGGAAGUUAGAAGAAGCAUAUAAUCUAAUUUGCAAGAUGAAUAUUGCACCUACUGCCUCGCUUUGGGGAGCCAUUCUUGGGGCAUGCCACAUCUAUGGCAAUAUAUCUCUCGGAGAAGUAGCUGCCAGGCAUCUGUUUAAUAUGGAACCUAAGAAGUCAGUGAACUAUGUGGUUUUGGCAAGCAUAUAUGCCUCAGUGGGCUUGUGGGACUCUGUUUCUACGACAAGGAGAUUGAUGGAAGAGAGAAGCAUAAGAAAGGACCCUGGAUACAGCCUUUUUCAGUCCACAAAUAAGAGGAUGGCUCUUCUUCUGCCAAGUUGAAGUUUCUGAAGUCCGCUGAUGUCCUGUUCUAAUUCUGCCAGACCUGUUUUUGGCAGCCUCUAGGGAAUGAGGUUGAUUUAUAGGGACAUUCAGGAGCUGGUUGAUUCAUUUUAUUAUAAUCCUAGGACAUCAAGGUGGCUAGUUCAUAUCCUGAUCCUCAUGUGCUUCUCGUACUCUUUAGCUUUAACAACAAUAAGGAUGACUCUGCUAUUACUACUCGUUAUUUGGUACUUGCAAGGGAUCCCAUCAUUCCAAGAGCUGAUAAGCCCUUUAAGACGAGCAUCGUAUUCACUUUGCAAGAAGGGCCUGGAGUGUUGUUUAAAGCCUUGGCGGUGUUUGCAUUGAGGGGUAUCAAUUUGACGAAAAUCGAAAGCCGGUCACAGAGAAAGCGCCCUUUGAGAGUAGUUGAUGACUCGAACACUGGAACUGCCAAGAUCUGGAGCUUCUUUGGUUUAUGGUUUCAUGGAUCACUUAUGGGAUUCAAAUAUUACCAAAGAUACGGCUGAGGUUUGUUGUCAUAUUUCUCUUUGAUAGCUUAAGUAUUCAUUACUGCUUUGAACUUGAGUAUCUUGGCUUUGAGGUGUUUUUGGUUUUUUGAUUUUUUUAACACCAUUCUUGUGUUUUUUUUUGUUGGCACUGCCUUUGCUCUUUGCAUUUAUCUAUUCCCUAAUAUCAGUGAUCUAAAUGUCCUAUGAUUCUGACCAAUUCUUUUGCUCAAUAGAUUCUUAGCGACUUUACCUAUUGAUAGUUGCCUUUGGCAUUAACUUUUUCGUAAUGUCGUUUUGGCCUUUGGAAUAAGAUACAUGACGUGUUGGAUAUCCAAGACUUUGGGAACCAAAUCAAACCGUUUUGUUGUGGAACCAAAAGGAAAAUCUGUAGCUACCAUUGAAGCAAGAAAAUAUGCAUACGUAUAAUUUGGAGUUGAAAUUGUGGACAUGUGGGUGUAAGAUUCCUGUACCAUGUAUAUGCAUGGCUGAAACAAUUUGUUGUUUCUCAUUUUUGUUUAUCCUAAUAUUACCAUUUGGGUAGCCUUGCAAGUAGAUUAUGUUGAAGCAUUAACCAACCUGCAAAGUAGGUAUUGUUCUUACUUGAUAAUAUAACAUUUUCUAGUUCGUUGGAUGGUUGACAUAUUUCAUGAGUUUUUGAAUAAUUCCAUUUUUCAACUGCAGAAAGUAGUGUUGAAUUGCCAGGAUUUGCUGCCGUUUUCUCCUUUCUUUUGCCUUCUUGUGUAUUUCCUUUCCUUACGACGAUGGCUCUGUUUUCUCAGAUUAACGCACAGGGGGUGAGGUGGAACAACCACCCAGACAAUGGAAUUUCACCGUCUGAAGAUAGAUAGUGUUCUUCUGCUACUAUAUAUGAGACCCAAUGUAAAAGACUAGUGUUCUAGGAUAGAUAGUGUUCUUCUGCUACUAUAUAUGAGACCCAAUGUAAAAGACUAGUGUUCUAGCGAUCGAAGUUUUGCUACAUGAACCAAAAGUUACGAAA